AAAGGCCCACCUUCCGCUCCUGUAUGCCACAGUGGGGCCUGUUCCUGCUUGUGCCCAAUGUGCUGGGCAAUUUAAUGUAUUAAACCGCUGGCUAAUGCACGGCUUGCUCCUUCAACAGGUGGCCAAUUAUUGAACGUUCCACUUGAAGCAGCGAAUGUUUGCAAAUUUGUCAGCACUGCACCGCUAAAGUGGAAACGAGGACGAGGUGGGGGCGACAGUGGUCAAAAUGCUUUGAGUGUUGCAAAAGGAGGCCCCUGCCCUAUACGCUUUUUUUCCUCCGCAGCGGGUAGCGGCAUCAGUAAAACAUCACGAAAAGAGCGACCAAUUGUAGGCUUUCAACACAACAACCGGGUGCGUGUGAUUUGCCAAAUAGACGCCGAACUCAACCAAUAGCAUUCGCUAAAUUGAAGCCCACAUUGUGCAUCAACAUACUAUAUACUCCGCUCCCCACUACGAACCGACCAAUCACAACAGUCAGAGUCCAACCAAUGCGUUUGAUUUGCAUGAUUGACCUUGAAACCGUCAAAUGGGGGCCUUGGGUGGGCGUGUUCACAGGUGCAGAUCGUUCGGUUGCAGUGGGACGUAGCCGAUCAACUUUUACUACCAGAGACUAAUCUUAUUUUUUCUCUAUUUUUUUAAAUGAUAUAACAUGCCGAAUUACUGUUUUAGCUGGCAAUUACAGUCACAAAAAUAACAAACACAACUCAUUGCGUGCACUUGUCACGUCAGUCGCGGAUAUUUGCUCGCCGCGCUUUCAUUAGAUUCCAGAAGUAUUCUGGGGCGGAACGCUAGCUAGCCAGUCAGCUAGCUCGCUACCAAGCUAGCAUGUUGCUAGGCUAGCUGCCCAGGCGAAGACCUGCUUUUUGGGGGGGAUCUUAGUCCUCCACUCUCAAGCUCCUGCUUUCGUUGACCGGAAAAGACUCCCAGGAGGCGUGACUAAUGAUAAAUGGUGUGAAUCCAGAACAAAGGAAGUGGAUUCCAAAGCAGUGUAAGAAAGGCAGAAAAGCAGAAAGAAAGAUGCAAAAGAAAAAAGUGGGUCUAAGAGAAGGCAGAAAGGAAGGAAAGAAGAAAAACAGGUCUGCAAAGAAAGGUAGAAACUCUGCUGUGAUGGAAGAUACAUGCAUGCAUGAAUGUGUGAGUAAAGGACAAAAAAGCAGGUGUGACAGGAGGCGGAAAUGAAGGGAGAAUGGCACCAAAUUAGGAUUGAGUAACUGAAGGAUGACUGAUGCAGGAACAAAAAGCAGGUGUGAGGAAAGGAAGCCAAGAAGGAAGGAAUGAGGGCAGAAAGAAAAAGAUCCCCAAAUGCCGGUUUGCAUGCUGAUGGUGGGAGGCCAUGGACUGCUGCACUAGAAUGAGUGUGAAGGAGCUGUGUGACAUUGAUGACCUGGCCACCAGCCUGGUGCUGGACCCUCUCCUGGGCUUCACCACUCAUAAAAUGAAUAUCAGCCCAGCUCCGGAGGUGCGUCGCUGGGGCAACCUGAAGGAGACGCUGCUGCGCUUCCAACGCACACACGACUUCAACGCCACUUUCGAGGCGCUGACGGUGGGCGAGCUGGCAGGCGACUACUUCAACGCUUUGGGGAGUCACCGGCAGGAGCUACUGAGGCAGCACGUGAACCGCUACCUCAACGCCUUCCUUUUGGAUAGCGGCAUCCAGAUUGAGUCAUGUGACCGCUACUCCUCGGAGACCAACGGAGCCAAGAUUACCUCUACUCGACACUGGUUUGCGGGGGAGCGCGUGGAGGUCCUUCUGGGCUGCAUCGCCGAGCUGAGCCCGGAUGACAGCGCUGUGCUGCGGGCGGGCGUCAACGACUUCAGCGUCAUGUACUCCACGCGCAAACGCUGCGCUCAACUCUGGCUUGGACCCGCCGCCUUCAUCAACCACGACUGCAAGCCAAACUGCAAGUUUGUCCCCGGUGAGAAGAACGGCGCUUGCGUGGAGGUGAUUCGACCCAUCUCGCCUGGGGAAGAGAUCACGUGCUACUACGGCGCCAGCUUCUUUGGCGAGGGCAACGAAAUGUGCGAGUGCUGCACCUGCGAGAGGAAAGGGGAAGGUCACUUUAAACACAAAGGGAAGCAGCCGGAAUGCGAGGAAACAAAAGACCCCGUGGGCCAGAAGUACCGCCUUCGGGAGCGCUACCUUCGGCACCAGCGAGAGAAGGGACACUUAAACUCGAGGCCCAUUAUUCCAGGAUUACAUUCAGCUAUCCCCUCUAGGAACUCUUUCACCCAUCAGAUGCGGAAAAACGCCCUUAAAAACCGAAAGUGGAACCAGACAAAUAAGUGGAGGCUACAGAACCACAGACUCGCGAGACCGUGUGAAGAGCAACGAACGCUGCCGCUCCUGUCACAGUGCGUGAUCCGGGACCUGAGGAUUAGGGUGCGGCGCCACUCGCUGGACUUUUUGCUUGUCUGCAAGGAUCCCAAAAGCAAAGAGAGGGCCCUCCUGCAGCAGCUGGAGUUGGUCAAGCCAAGGACAACCGCCAACGUGAAGCGUUUCUCGCUGGGUUGUCUUCAGAAAAACAGAGUUCGGGUAGGCCCCAAUGGGAAAUCUGUCAGAGGGGUUCCCUUGAGGAGCUCGUCCAGAACCAGAAGCACGGACAGGGUCGACCCGGACAAAACCUCCAUCACGAAAAAGCAAGAGAGCAAGGAGCAAGAGAACUUGGAGCCCAGCGUCUGUCAGAGUGCCCCGGCCCCUUGUAAGAAAAUUUCAGACAAGCCAGUAGUGUCACUCAAGCAAUACCUGACCGUCCGCCUCACUCGAAUCUCAGCGCCUUGCGAAGAGGCACCGGGACUGAGUGUUGACAACCGGGACAUAAGGGAGGAGCUGAGAGGGAAGAUGAGGCAAAUUCAGGGCCUCAGACCACUGAACACACAGAAAUCCCAGCAGAGGCAGAGACCACCAUCCCCGAUUACGCCGGGCCACCGUGCUGCCGAAGCCCCUCGAGGAGUGCGGGAAAUGUUCUUUAAGGCCAGUGAUCAGGGAACACUACGGAAGCGGCACGCCUCAAAAGAGGCAGUGGGUGACUCCUCUCAUCUCGAGGAAGGUGGGAAGAACAAGGUUAUUGAAAUCCAGACAAUAGCGGAAGAGGGUACACAACCAGACAAAGAUAAACCGGAAGAACACAAAAAGAAAAGAAAUGCCACAGCUACUGAAUGUAAAACCGUGUCCUGUGCAAAAACGAGCCAACAGAAUAACUUGCAGGGUGUUAAAUCUCCAAAUCCAGGUGAGGUUGUUGUUUUAGAACCGUUAAAUUGCACUGCAAACAAACCAGUACACAAUCCAAGCAAUGACAUAAUCAUAAAGCAGGCCAAGGUCCUCCUGUCUGAUUUUUUGAAGAACGAUAAAGCUUCAGUAGUCAAGCAACCACAUGGUGAUAGUUCCCCCUUAAAUGCGAGAGAAAUCCAUGCAGGCAGCCAUGUGGCAGCAAGACGGAAUGUCGGACGGUGGCAGAAAAUCCACAGAAGAAUAAAGACUAAAGCCGAGCUGAAAUCCAACAGCACAGAAAACGGUUUAGUCCCCACUGUACAGAAUCCAACCCAGAUCGGGGAACCGGUGGCAACCUGUCUCAACACACUACCUCUCCAGUCGCCUGUUUCAUGUGCCAACAUGUGCCAGACCACUCAGCACCUUGACGCCAUGCAGUCCAACAUACCUCUGAAGAAGCGGACGUUCCGCAGUGCUGUGGAACCGGAGCAAGGCAUAACCGCUGCUUCUGCCACUAGCCGGAAAGAGGUUUCCGGCCCGUCCUCAAGACAGGAACUGGAUCGUCAUCCAGAAAAGACUAUGAAACAUGUCAAAAAAAGCAAAAGGACGCGGGCAAAAGUCCGGAGGGUGAGCUCCAGAAGAGUCACGAGGCAAAACGUGGGCAGGGUGCUAAGGCCUCGAGUUAUUGAAACUCCUCAGAGUCGACUGAGGAAAGUUGACACGCUUAAAUCUGAGAGGGAAGAUGAGAAUAGCAACCAAGAGACUGUUCAGCUCGACAGGAACCAUCAGACGAAGGAUGAGCAAGAGAGCGACUCUCAGAAGGGAACGUCAGCUUUGGAACAAAGUGAUGUUGAGGAGACAAAGCCAGAACUUAACUUCAGGAUUCGUUUCAAGCGGAGAAGAGGGAAAUUGUGGGAGAUGCAGAGCAACGAAUUGGGCUCUCCAAUCAAAAUGGAAAAGGAGGAGGAACUCAACAACGAUCCGUUUAAAGCCAUCAUGGAUUCAGUGUCUGUGUUGAGCAUGGAGAUGCAGGCGGCUCAGGCCCAUGUGCAGGCCAGUAAGAAGUCCAAAAGCAGACUCCUUCGCUUGAAAAAACGGGGCGAGAGGAAGAAUGCGUCCACAAUUUCGGAGCUGGACAGAGAAGAGAGCAAAGAAAAAACAGACGGGGGGAUUCCUUCUGGUUCAAGCCUUCAGUUGGACAAAACCCAGAGUGAGAAGUCAUCUUUAGUCCGUCAAACGAAAACGGAAGAUGGGUUCACGAGAAGCUGCUGCAUGUUUGAUCGUGGGUCGCAGCAGAAAAUUGAGUCCAAUUUGGAUUUCAAAGGUGUUCCGCUGCCGGUUCUCAAAUUGCGCAGAAAGGUGAAGGACAUCUGGGAGGUUGACGACAAGGAUGAGGGGCAGAACCAGUCCGAAGUUAAAGUGGAUUCACCAGUGAAGCGAGAGGUACGGAGUCCCCCUUUAGUCCAGCAAAUACCAGGACUGCUGGACUUAAGCAAGGUCCGAGAGGAGCCACCACCAUUGACUCAGAAGUUGAACUGUCACUCAUUGCUCCAGAAAACUGAAGCGCUGCAGAUGUCUUUGUCGCUGUCGCCGCUUUCCCUGUCUUCCCCUCAAAGCGAGACCCCAGAGAGCGCAGUCGCAGCGAACAUAACUGCUGAGCGACUGGAAGCCUGCAGCAGCAGUGGCGGCAGGAAGCAGUGGCACAAAAUGGCGUCCAAGUGUGGCCCUGUGGAGACACCCGCGAGCUGCCUCAGUCAGUCCCUCCAACAGAUUGACAACAGCCUCUCCAGGCUCUCUGAGGGUCUAUGCUCAUCACAGAUUUUGGAAAAGACAACCGCCUUGUCUGGAAUUUCCAGUUCCAUCAUCCAGCCUCAGUCCCAGUCUCCACCGUUCCCAACUGCGGACAACAUUCUACCGGGCGAGCCCAACUUCGCAAACUGCUGCGACGACCUCCUGGACUUCCAGUGUCUCAACUUCGAAGGCUAUGAUCAGCCGCAGAACAUCCUCAACUCAUCGCCCUCCGAUCUGUGUUCACUGGAUCCCCCCACGGACCCCUUCAGUAGCCCGCUCUCGCACAGCCCCUCUGACACGUGGCCCACUGAGACACCCUACCUCGGCUCCCCGAGUCCCGACAACAACUUCACCAGUGACGAUCUCCACUUCUUCCCCGCUAUGCUCACAUCCAAGAAUGAUUCCGUUCCUCUGGACUGUGAGGCAAAGAGUGCCUCUGGCAAAAUCCCACCCCAAGCAGGCUUCAGUUUUUCAGCGUUCACCAAUCCCGAACUGGGGGGAAAGGACCACCUUCUCAGUAAAAAUCCCGGAAUGAGGCUGUCCAGAGAGGACUUAAAAUAUCAUUCCUCAUCCGUGGUUAGCAAACCUCGCCUAUUUGGCACACCUGCUGCCAUGUCUCAGAAUACUCUUCCUUUAGUACAGCCCACCCUGAAUGCCAAACCAAGCACCAGCCAGUCGAGAGCUACAUCCAACCUCAAAACGAAUGGACCCUUCCACCGCAUGUCAAUUUCCAAACAGCCCCAGUCUUUUCCAAACUGCCAGCCUACUGCGCAACGAGGCGUCGCCCAGAUGAAGCCUGUCCUGGCGUCUCCGAUGGCCGGUAAAUUCCUCAAUCCUCAACUCUUAGCUGGAAGAAAUCCUAACCCCUUCCCUGGAAGAAAUCCUAACCCCUUCCCUGACAAUCCCUUCAACAUCCAGGAUAAGUCCCCCACUGUGAUCCACAGGGUUGUUAAAAUUCAGGGCGGUAACCCAAGCCAGAACUUGUACAGUGUUCCCUCCAAAGACCAUGUGGCUGCCGGCGGCCACUCUACAUCUAAAACAUUCGGAACAAAAUCCACAGAAAACACAAGUGAGGACCCGCAGAGUCAUCACAAAGGCACUCAUUCUGCUCAGAACCUCAGCUAUUUUGCUCCUUCCGUUAACCCCGGCAGGUCCAGCGUCUAUUUCAACAAACACGGCUCAUCCUUACACUCGUCAUUCAUCCGAAGUAAACCAGCCUCCGACAAGCAGGACGAUACCACUUUGACGUACAAAAACUUCUCUGCGCUGCCGAGACCUUUCUUCUUCCCCAGUAAAGACGGUUAUUCUUUCCCACAGGAGAAAACCUCCAAACAUGACAAAUCCACUCCGCUGAGCUCUGACAAGAACCAGCCGUGUUACCCUCAGCAGGAUCCAUUUGAUUUUAGCUUCACGUCGUCGCUUUCUCCAAUGUCACAUCACAGCAGUCCUCAAGUGGUCCACAGUACGCCGCCCGGCACACCGGCAUCGGUCGGCAAGAGCCACCCGGCAGCCUCCUUCUCUUACGGACCACAGGGACCCCCUUAUGUACUCAAUUUCAGCGGUGACCACUCGUUGACGUUGGGUCUCAGGGACGGGCCCGAAGGUUACCCGGGACUCGGCCCCACAAACUACACCUACCAUUGCUUGAUGGAGCCGUCUGGCACUCAGGGGCGGCUGGUCCUGGAACCCUGCGGUUCUCAGGCAUCCAACCAGCCCUCGUUUUCCAUGGGUACCUUCUCGGGUCACAAAGGGGGUCCGGACGAACGCCUAAAGAAGGACGCUCACCACCAGAACCACCCAGGCGACCACCAGGAAAUACCACACUAUGGACCAACAUCUCACUCCAUGGGCCCUACCAAACCCAAGCGGGUGAGGCUGGUUGUGACGGACGGAACUGUGGACUUGGACCUCCAAUACUCUGACUGAUCCACAGGAAUACACUCACAUGUUUUUGCAAAACUACUUUGAGGGUCUCUUAGUUUUCCAUCAUUGUAAUGAGCCCGGAAGACACUUUGAUUUGAUGACCAAACUGAUGAUGAAUUGUAUUGGCGACAAGUCACAGAUGCGGUGUCUGGGGCAUGCGACUGGUGUGCUGGGCUUUUAACAGGCAUCUUCGUGCCUCCGUCUUUCCUAUCAGACUUUUUGAAAGCUUCCGCUUUUUAUACCCCCGAUAAUCUCCUUUCUCACGGUUUGUACGCGUGCGUAUGUGUUUUUAGUAGUUGAGCAGUUGCUGUUGACUGCUGCGAAGCUGUCAAGUCUCAGAGUGGAACUUUAGACGUUUUUAUUUUUUGUUGUCUGAAAGCUACCUAAAAUUUCAUGUGAAAUCUGGUCAAAAAUUCCCAAUAUGUGGUAGCAGCAUCUGUGUCAAAGUGUCACUAGCCCCUUUGGCACUGUCAGAAUAUUUCCCUCACUUUUCUGUGAUAAUGGUACGGAAAACGGAUUGGAAGGGUUGGUUGAACCUCCAAAUUUUCCCGACGUGUCGGAGGUAGGAUGGUCGCUGUCUGAAAAUGGGUAGCCGACAGGCAGAAUGACAGGCAGAAUGACAGGCAGAAUGGGGUUUUUGAAAUUAAACAGCAGACACUCAUUUCUCCCAGCCUGUUGUGGUGUUUGAGAACUAUUAUUUUCAACAUCACACCACAUGCCAGGGUGCCAAGUGUCCGAUGAGAAUUUUAAAGCCUCUAUUCCAGCUUUCUGUGAUGCCCUUUCAGACACUCCCCAAUCUGCCUCUGCAAAUUGGUUUCAUUUCAGUGCGUUUGAUGCAAUGCCGGGGUUUACGUGGCUUCCCCACAUGCUUUUAGGGGCACGGCAGAGACGGCACGUUGUCUGUGUGUGAAAGGGGGAUAGUGGACACCUAGCAUGGAAGUUUGAAGUCUGAACACCCGACACUCACCACUCCUGCCUUGUUUUAGUGAAAGUAGCCGUUGCUGUCUGACAACAGUUUUAUACAUCACGCCAUAUGCCAAGUAAAUAUGAAUUUCACAUCGCCUCUGCCCUGCCCGUUGCCCCUUUCACAUCAAUUUGAAUAUAUCAUGCUAAUCAGUCUUUUUGACACAGGAUCGAAAAUAUCCCAACUCUAGUGAGUUCUGGUUCAAAAAGGUGCUUCGGUUCAGUUGCGGAUACCCCGGUUUUCCGGAAACUGUGCAAAAGGUGUAGUGAUGACAAGCUCGUAAAUGAUGAAAAACGGUUCCUUAUAUAUCUUGUCGUUAUACUUACAUGACAUUCAGUUAUGGCUUUUAAGUUUUAAGACUUUUCUAUGAAAUUUAAUGAGCUGUGGAAGGUCCGCUGUCAUCCACAGUCAAGCAAAUAAUUUAUCUUUUGAGGAACAAACGGUGACAAUCUUUCCACUGUGUGUGUGUUUAUCGUCAUCUUUUCCAACAGUCGCCCGUGUCGUCAUGAUUGUCGUGUUUCCAUGGCAGCCUUACAUCCCAGUGUAUCGUGUAUUUAUUUGAAACUUGGCCUCCUCCCGGUCCCGGUUUUAAAACUAAAUGGUGCUUGAACCUAAUUUAUACUUCACCUUGGUUGUUGAUAGGACGAAAUGCUUUACUGUUAUUUAAUGGGACGAAAACCUUAUUGAGCAGGAUAUAGAGAUGACAUAUAUAUAAAUAUCUAUAAAUAUAUAUUAUAUGACUUGUAAUGACUUUCUCAUCAGCUGUUGUAAAACUUUAUAUUAGCCACCCCCCUUUUCCAAAUCCCCUCCUCCUAAAAAGUGUUAGUCUUAC